AUGUCUGACCAGCCAAACUCCUCAGCCCCAGGCCCUUCAACCGGUCGUCCGCUCCUCUUCGAUGACGCCAACGUCCACAACUUGAAUGCCUCCCUCCUGUACAUCAACAGCCUCCCAGUCGAACAACGCUAUGACAGAUACCUCCAGAUCCUGAACGACCUCUUGUCCAGCAGUAAACGCAACGAUGCUGAGACUGCUCGCGCCCGCGAUCGUGCCCAGGAAUCGCAGUCUCGCGAGCCAUCCGUCUACCCCAAACGACCAGAAGCUCCCGUGGAGGUCCCCAGCAAUGCACCUCAACGUGCACUUGAUUAUGAAAAUAAGAUGACUGCUGCACAGCAAGCUAUCAUUCGUGUAUGGGGAGAGUCAAACACGGCUAAACUGUGGUGCUACGCCACGAACCUCAAUAUCGCGCGUGGAAUUUGUCGUCUUGUGAACACUGGGCUUUCGUUUGAAAGCGCGGUCCGAGCCCUUAAUCGGGUUGUGUUUGAACGUCUUACCGCCAAGCCCCAUCGAGGAAGGCAGACAAAAACGCCAGCCGCGGUUGAUUUCUAUAAUGCUGCGAAAAGUCCAGAUCGAGAAGAAGUUACCACUGAGGAGGCACGGGAACAUCGAUUUGUCUUUGGUAGCAACGGUAUCAUCAUCCCAGCUAUUUUCGCCUCUUCCCUACCACCCGCAGCCGGUGAGGAAGCCCAAGUUCUAGAAUCGACCGAAGGACCAGAUGUCAAUGACAACACCAUCGAAGGUAAGGGAAAUGGUGAAUCUGCGGUGGGCACUCCCGCGCCAUCUGAACCAACAGGACAAACCGGCGCAACCGUCGACACUCCGAUGCCUACGCUUGAGUCAGAGAUUCGAGCAACCCCUAAUAUGCCAGUUGGGGCAGAUGAGAAUGAACUUCCGAGUUCCCCGACGCUAGUCGCUGGAUACAAGAGGGACAUCUGCAGCGCCUUCGGCCCGGAGUCACAUGCUAGUGAGUACAACAAAAAGCCUACUAUUCACCGGUUUGAACAGGCAAAUAUUGAAGACCAGCAAAUACCCGUUGUCGAUUCUGCAACCCCAUCUCAAAACUACCAGUUCGUUCUAGAGACUUUCCACGAUCAACAAGACAGCAGUGAGACCCAAAACACCUCCAUUGUUGGAUAUACUAGUGAAUCUGCUGAUGAGGAACCUGACAGAGAGAACGAAGUAAAAUCACACCAAGAGGACGACGAAAAUGAUGCGGGUUUGAAUGCGCAAGUCGACGAGGUCUCGCACACGGUUCUCUCGCGCACGAUUUCUCAGUGUGUUGAAUGGGAAUGUCCCGUCGUGAACGGUCAGCUUCAUCUUGUCUUUGGCAAUGACAGAGCCAUGCGGCAUGAGUUUAUCAGAAGGUGGGAGAAUAGAGCCGAGGAAGCUGCCAAGUCGAUUCUUCUCUACUCUGUACAUCUGUUUCUCCCGAGCAAACCAAUCGUUAUCCUCCAACCAUCAAGGGUGGUCAUUGACCCUAGUCCUCCACGUCUAGCAAUUUCCCACAUCCUUUUCAAGAAGCGUGAAUUAAGCAGUGUAGCAGUUGAUAAGAACUCAGCAGAACUUUUAUUGUUGCUUUUAAGCUGUACAAGCUUGCCAGCGACCUUGGAUGUGACGAUGUAUCGCGUCAGUAAAACGCUGUACCAGGAAGCCAAAACUAAAUCGGCGCUUAAAGGCAUCGUCUUUGAAAACGCAGCAAGUUGUAACUUGUUCGGGUGA